AGGCUGAACAGCACAAAAAAGCAACUGUUAUCACCGCCGAGGGUGAUACUCAAGGUGCAGCUCUGUUAGCGAAAGCUUUUGGUGAAUCAGGAGAAGCUCUGGUUGAACUUAGACGGCUGGAAGCUGCCGAGGAUAUUGCUUAUCAAAUGUCCAAGUCUAGGAAUGUUGUAUAUUUGCCUUCAGGGCAAGGAACAUUAUUACAGUUACCUCAGUAGGACAACUAAACUUAGGAUCCUAUAAAAAAAAUAUAUUUGUUUGUAAUUGAAAUAGUUUUGACUCAUGUUCAUUUUUUUUAUGAGAUAGUGAAAACGAUGCAUAAAUUUGCUGUUUUUUUAUUGCAAAAAAAUAAACCUUUCAGGUAUGUUGAGCAGUCUUAUUCUUCAUUAUAAUAAUUCAUUACAUGCAAAUCAUACGUCUAAUCUAUUUUCUAGAAAAUAUUUUUUGUAUGUUUGUUUCUUCAAAUGUUGCCAUGUUUAUAUAUUUGGAACAAUUGUAGUAACUAUCAAUCAAUAAAAGUCAUCAUGCUUU